AUGUCUACCGAAAUGUCUAACAAUAAUACUUUCCUUGAUUUUUUAAAUCAAGGAAACAAAAUAGAAGAUGUAGAAGUUGUACUAUCUGUUAUUGAUAGAAAUGAAAUAUUUAAACCAAUGGUGAACGCACAAGGAAUAAUAAAUGAUUUGAUCACUUCACCUAUUAGAAGAGCAGGCAAUAAAAGGAUUAAACGACCUCUAAACAAAUUCAUGGUUUUUAAAAAGAGUCUUAAGAAACUGAUAGAAACUUCAAGCAAUAUUCCUCGCAAACAUCGUAUGCGUCAGAUUACACAAGUAGCUUCUAAAUUCUGGAAUAGUGCAUCAAAUGAACAGAAAGAACCGUUUGAAGCAAUUGCUAAGGAUGUGAAGUUACUACAUAAAACUAUGUUUCCCGGAUAUUCAUACGCUCCAACUAUUAAAAGGCCCCAAGAUCCUUUUAUAAAUCUUACUGGAAAAUCUUCCCAUGUGGGACCAGUUCUUAUAGAGUCCGUCGAAGACUCAGAAGACUCAAAACAACCUGUUGAGGAACAAAAAACUUUGGAUGUUUCACAGCAAGAAAGUAACUUAAUAAAUUCGUACUGCUUAUUUGAAGGUCAACAUUUUGUUGGAAAAUGUGUUUCUUCAAACGGAAACGAAAUUGCAAAAGAAAAUGAGGAU